CAUCACCCACGAUGCAACUCUCCAGAAAUCAGCUACCCACAUCGUCACGGGUCGACUCGAACGCACUGGACAGUGGCGGCGGUCUCGACUUGUUGCGUCUCUGAAUGACGCAGAUAUUUCGUCUCCAAGGCCACUGAAGUCCAGAUCCUCCCGACGGACGGCUCUCAACUCGGUCCCCCCAAAGGGCCGGGAAAGCACAUUCACCUCUCAGCCUGGAACGCAGAGCGGAACUCAGUGUGCAAAAGGGGCUUGAGAGCCUGAGAACCCGUGACCGUGUUAUGCCCCUGGGUCCUCUGCAGUCCAAGAUCCGUUGUGAUGGUCGUCCCUAUUCUAAUGGUUCCCGAGUCCCCUCCCCCAGAUGCUACUUAAGCUUUUCGCUACCACUUUGGCACAUCUGCUGACUAUCUCCUACUUCCCUUUCCAACUUUCAUGUCGUCGUCGUCCUUCUUAAGGAUAACUGGAAGAAUAGUUCGCCUACCAUGCUCUCGACAAUGGACACUAUCCAGAACGUCUCGGAUCUAUGCCGGGACUUCAAACAUUGGCCAACGAUGGGCAAGCUCAGCGUCGUCGACAUCACUACCGAGAGCCAGUUGGCGGAGACCUCAAAUUUUCGUAGCAGGCGGCUUACUCCUCCUUAUCGGUGUCGGCACAUCGAACAUCUUCUCUCCCACCAUUCGCGCUGAUAGCGACGAUAACGAAGAUAAGGAUAACAGCACCAAGUCAUCAGAUUCACUGAGCUCCCUAAUUCGGUCCUACAUCGUCUAUUCGCUGUGCUCAAUACCUGCACUCGUGGAUUCCGCCCCUACUCUGUUGCAGGCAUUCACAAACAUACCCGUCAUCGGCAAUAUCACGGAAGGGUUGGUUCGAGUUACCUUUUUCAAUCAGUUUGUAGGAGGUGAUACAGCAGCCGGAACGAUCCCCUUACUCCGGGCACUUCGAUUAUCCAACAAGGGUGCUCUGUUUGCGUACUCCAUUGAAGUAGACGAACAUGAAGCUACCGCACAUUCUGCCAAGAAGCAGAAAUCAGCAGAUCCGACCCACAAGCGAAUAGUGAAUGAGAUGAUUCGAUCCAUUGACGUCGCGGCAGACUUUGAAGACGGAAUCCUCAAGGGUGCUCCCACUGGAAGGAGAACCUGGGUUGCAGUCAAGAUGACCGCUUUGCUACCAGAUGCUCAAUCUCUUAUCAAUCUUUCCAAGUUUCUGAUAGACACGCGGACACCGCUACCCGUUCCGUUCCCUGGCUGUCCACGCUCAACCGACCUUGACGUUUUAUAUGGCCGUCAUAAACUCAAUCGAAAUGGCGGCCCGUUAUCGGAUGACGAUGUGAUAGCUUUACGCGAGCUUCAUCAAGACCUAAGACGUAUAUGUGCUCGUGCCCAACAACGAGGGGUAAAGAUAAUUUUGGACGCUGAGUAUAGCUGGUAUCAGCCUGCCAUAGAUGCGCUGCAGCUUUCGCUCAUGCGUGAAUUCAAUACCACCGCGUCAAAGGAUUUGAGUAUUCCAAAUGUGCAGCCCCUUAUUUAUGGGACUUUCCAGGCUUAUCUGCGAAGAACACCGGCUUAUCUCGAGGAGGCAUUCAAAGACGCUCAGAUGCAUAACUACAGUCUCGGUGUGAAGCUAGUACGAGGUGCAUAUCACCCCCACGAGGUUGCGGCACUCAAAGAGAAGAAGAAGGGCAAACUUUCGUUUUCUAUCACGCCUGAAUCUCAACCGCCUGUAUGGUCGACGAAAGAUGAAACGGAUCGGUGUUAUGAUGGGUGCUUGAAAAAGCUGAUUGUCGGUAUUAAAGACGAUAUACAAUCCAACGGACCACAGCCGAUGUUGGGUGUUUUGUUCGGAACGCAUAAUUGGAGUAGUAGUCGGUUGAUAUUGAGUGAGCUUGUCAGGAACGGUGUUGCGAGGGAGGAAAGGGUGGAGGGGGAGAGGGAGGGUGUUGUGGUUGUUGGGAAUGAGGUUACGGAGAGAGUUACGCUGGGGCAGUUGUAUGGGAUGAACGAUGCGCUUUCGGAUUAUCUUGUGAGGAGGACGAGUUCGAGUGCUCCUUUGGUUAUCAAGUAUGUACCGUAUGGUGCGUUGUCAGAAGUUAUGCCGUACCUUAGUCGAAGAGCGAUCGAGAACAAGUCUGUCCUUGGUAAUGGUACUGCGAGAGAGGAGCGGAUCCGGGCGAGGAAGGCGAUUGUAGGCAAGUUGUUCGGUUGAAGGGGUACUAUUUUCCUUUCUUUUGGGAUUUCGUUUGUUUUGUAUACCUUGUGUAUAAACAACCGUUGAUAUUCAUGAACUACAAUCCAUUCUGA